GGUGACUUUAUAAGCUAAACGAUCAUAGACAGGAGUAUUGAAUAAAGAAGCCAUUGACAAAAAAUAUGUCAAAAUAAUUAAGUAUUGGAUAUUUAAAAAUAAGGUUAAUAUGUCGGAAAAAGUAGAUUGGGCAAAAUAUGUUUCCGAAACAGAGAAAAAGUUGGAAGGUGUAGAUAUUACAAAAACAGAAGAGAAACCAUCGAAUGAGGAGCAAAAAGAAAAUGAUAGUGAUGCUAACCCAGCUGAAGCCAGUCUCUUGGCAAAAAUUAUCAGAAAAGGAUUAGUAGAGAAUAAAAAUGACAUAGAAGUCCAAAGAAAAGAUCCUCGAUCGCCUUUAUAUUCGGUAAAAACUUUCGAAGCCCUAAACUUAAACCCUAAUCUUUUAAAAGGUGUAUACGAAAUGGGAUUCAAUGCACCUUCAAAGAUACAAGAAACAGCUUUACCUGCAUUAUUGGCAGAUCCUCCUCAGAAUCUCAUUGCACAAUCUCAGUCAGGAACUGGUAAAACAGCAGCUUUCGUACUUGCAAUGCUUUCCAGAGUUGAUGCAUCAAAGAAGUAUCCCCAAGUAUUAUGUCUUUCACCUACAUAUGAAUUGGCUAUUCAAACUGGAGAGGUAGCUGCCCAUAUGGCAAAGUUCUGCCCAGAAAUUGAAAUGAAGUUUGCAGUAAGUGGAGAAACAGUCCCUAGAAACUCUAAAUUAACCGAACAUAUAAUAAUUGGUACUCCAGGAAAAGUAUUAGAUUGGGGUACGAAAUUUAAAGUAUUUGAUUUAAAAAAAAUUCGAGUUUUCGUACUGGACGAAGCAGAUGUUAUGAUAGCCAUCCAGGGACACCAAGACCAGUGUAUUAGGAUCCAUAAGAUAUUGGAUGCUGCUAAUUGUCAGAUGAUGUUCUUUUCAGCAACAUAUGAUUCCGAAGUAAUGGAUUUUGCUGAACAUAUUGUAAAGAAUCCUAUUAUAAUAAGACUAAAAAGAGAAGAGGAAAGCUUGGACAAUAUUAUGCAGUACUAUGUACAAUGUAAUGGAGCAGAAGAUAAAUAUAACGCCAUAACAACAAUUUAUUCUAUGGUAGGUGUUGGUCAAGCAAUCAUUUUUUGUCAUACAAGAAAAACUGCUGCUUGGUUAUCAGAAAAGAUGUCCAGAGACGGACAUGCAGUAGCUGUUUUAUCUGGUGAUUUAACUGUAGAACAACGUAUAAACGUUUUAGAUCGAUUUAGGGAAGGUAAAGAAAGAGUACUUAUAACAACAAAUGUUUUAUCUAGAGGAAUAGAUGUAGAACAAGUAACCAUUGUCGUAAAUUUCGAUCUCCCAGUAGAUAUGAGCGGAAAAGCGGAUUGUGAAACGUAUUUACAUAGAAUUGGAAGGACUGGAAGAUUUGGUAAAAACGGAAUCGCUAUAAAUUUGAUUGAUUCUCAGAAAUCAAUGGAGAUUUGUAAAGCAAUAGAAAAACAUUUUGAAAGGAAAAUACAUUUCUUAAAUAUAGAAGAUUCGGAUGAAAUUGAAAAGCUUGGUAAUUAAGAUUAAAUAAGUAAUUGAAUGUCAUAUUCUUUGUAUUGAAUAAAAAUUAUGUAAUGUACUUUUUUAUUAUAAUAAUUAAAUGAGGCAACAUA